AUGUUUAUCGAUUCGAGUAUAGACGCUGUCCCCUCUCGCGCUGGGGGUUGGGAUGUCACCCGAGUGCUCCCCCGCGAGGAGAAGGAUACAUGUCAUCCUAUGCCCAACAGCAACGUCUGCGAGAAGCCUGCUCCUACAAUGGGAGCUACAAUGGUCGUUCUCAUUGUCGCUGCUGCCGUUGCCGUUUGCUUUAUCCUUGCCUUCUUGUGCUACCUACACCGGAGACGUAUGCGGAUGGACAGGUUGGAAGACGUGAAGGACGUUCAAGAGCUGGAUGAUUACGGAAUCGCUACUUCGAAGCCUCAGCAGACGUCGCGCAUGCCUCAAGCACCACCGCCAGCAUACACACCAACGCAAGACCGCGGAACCGACGAAGCGUGGAGGGAAUCACGGAGAGAUUCAGCAGACUCAUUAACACCCUCUCUUCGACAAGCCAUGGGCGUGGUCCCUCGCGACACACUGGCAAACAAAUAA